AUGAUGAAUCCACUCAGCCCUAUGGAGGAAAAUAAAAUGAGUAUGUGCCUCUCACCACAGGAGAAAAUUAAGAGCGCAAGUUCACAGCGUAACAAGCGUUCCCAUGCUGUAGCGGGCACGUUGGUUAGUGCUAGCGACUCGAAAAAAGCACGGCUGGACGAUAUGUUCACAAAGGAAUUUGAGCGGGAUCUAGAUGGAUGGAUCAGCGAUGAUUACUUGCGUGCAAUGGACUUUGACGAUAGCUUGAGUCAAGAUAUCGACUGGGUGGCGCACGACGAGAUGGAUCUAGCACUGAGCAUGGACGCGCUUGUGCAGGACAAUCCGACAAACGACGAGGUGAAUGACUUUGGCUUCAGUCCGUCGUCAUUCCUGCGAGGCAGCUUUGCAUUUGAAGAUUCCGCGGAGAUGGCUUCGACCUUCGUUGAUCCGGUCUACAUUCGCCUGAAUUCAAGCAAGGACGCGGAGAAGCUCCUCAUGAGCUUUGACACGAUGAAGUUCAAAAUCCCGUCGCCGACAAGCACUUCGAGUAAAAAGCGUAAAAGCGUCUUUAUGGAGAAGAACACGGAAGUAAAUCAAGGAGAGGACAAAUCAGUGCUAGCAACGUCAACAGCGGACGCUGGAGCUUUUGUUUCUAGCUUCCAGUCAACCACUUCAGCUGCUGUUGAGGAGCUUCGCGUGGAGCCGGCUCGUGUGUCCGCAACUAGCCGUUUCGGUUCAUUGCUGUCGGUCAGUGCGCCUGUGGAUUCGCUACCUAGUGUUUUAAAAGUCGAAGCACCAACCACGUCGUCUAGUUCGAAGAAGAUCGGCUCAUACAGCCCAGCAGCACGCAAGCUGCGCCUUCAGAAGUUUCACAAGAAGCGCAAAAAUCGUACGUGGAAGAGAAGCAUCAAGUACGACUGCAGGAAGAAGCUGGCAGAUGACCGUCCGCGGAUCAAAGGUCGAUUCGUACGUGUGCUCGAGAACGCUGGCGAUACGAAGAAUGAGGUGGCACCAUCUCCGUCCAACUCAGUGUCGACUGGGUAUGCUUCUUCUACUGGUGCAAUGGCUGCGCACUCUGUCAAGGCUGAAGUCGCGGUAUCGUGUUUAUCAACAAUGGCCUCGACAGCAAAGCAGACGGCUUCAGUGACCAAGUCAACGGCGCCCUUAGCAACACCGGCAACAAGUUCAGCAACACUGCCAUUUGCGCGUAUGAUUGCGAGUGUGUGA